UUCUCUCUAUGAAUACCCAGCUAACUCUCUUUAUCUUUACCUCUUUCUCUCUAUCUCUCUUUGACACAAGCAAAAAUUUUUGUGCUCCAUUUUCUUCCUCUUCUCCUCUCAGAGGAUUCUCUGAGGCAGCUCAGGUGUUCCUAGACAAGAUCUCUUGUUUUCAGGUGUGAAAAGAAAGAGAAAAGAUGAAUCACUGGGGGAACGCCUUAACAAGCUGCGAGGAGAUGAGGAUGGAAUCAGUGGUUUGCCCUAAGCCUCGUCGAUUGGGUCUGUUGAACCACUCAUCCAUUGAUAACCACAUCAGACCCUUGAGGCCACCCUUCAUCAACUACCAAUCAGAGAUCGAAGAUUCAGGAGUUGGGGCAGAACUUCUGGAUAUCAUUCUCCCCAAGGGUCAAGUGGCUUCAUCACCACCAUUUUUUUGUGGAUCUCCACCUAGCAGGGCUUCAAACCCUGUGAUCCAAGAUGAGCAAUUUGGUAAUGAUAACGGGAGUUUUAAUCCUUUUUCCAUGGCAACACCUUCUUCACCAUCUUCCACAGCUAGAGGUUGUGUUCGAAUGAAGUUUGGCCACACACCAGCUGCUGUUAGGAUCGAAGGUUUUGAUUGCCUUAGCAGGGAUAGGCGCAACUGCAGUAUUUCUGCUGUUGCUUAAUUCAUUUCAAACAAAGAAAAAAAAAAGCAUGAAAAGAAGUCAAGAGAGGUUUACAAAUCACCAAAGUUCUAAGAGCAGAGGAGAUUUUUGGGAGACAGGAGCUAAACUUAAUUCAAUGUUAUUGUAUUAUAUGUACAUAAUGGUCUAUCAAGUUGUUGUUGAUGAGUUAAGGUGUCAUGUAUAAUUGAGAUGGUGAGAAUUUUUUUCUUCCUUUUUUGAAGAAUAAAGAGAGGACACAUCUGGGAAAGAAAAGGGCAAGCAAAAGUCUUCUUCUUUCUCAUUUGUUAGGUUUAUUGGGGGUCUUAGAUUGAAGUCUGUAACUGUAAUGUAUUGGAAACUCAGAUCCUCCUUUUGUAAUUGUAAUUCGGAGGAAAUUGAGGAUUAAUCUUGGGAAUCUUGUAAAGUAUAUUUUUUGUGGGUGCCCUAUUUGUAGGUGUUGCCUAUUUGAUAAUAUCAAAGAAAUAUUGUUUAUACUUUA